AUGAAUUUUCUACCAUGGGCUCUGCCGUUGCUUCUAUUCCUGACCACUGGUGGCGCUAUCUUCGCUCAGGAGGAAGUAUCCUUCCUCGAUCAACCUCCAUUUCUAACGCUCUAUCGCAAGCUACACCGACUGUUUUUUGACACUGUUGGCCCUAGCAGUAAAGAUCCGGUGCGAAUUAAUCAAGCUCGUUUGCAAGGGAAAGUGCAAUCCCCCGUACCAUACAAUCAAGCUUUUCCCUGUCCAACGGAAGGUAUGCGAAGUACGAUCGUUCCUAACUCCGUGCAUGAAUUACGUCCUGGCGAUAUCGAUGUAAUCGCGGCCCUCGGCGAUUCGCUAACUGCCGGUACGGGAGUGCUCGCAACCGGAAUUCUUGAGCUUAUAAUAGAAAAUCGAGGCUUGUCCUGGUGUAUCGGUGGACAGGGUACCUGGCGUCAGUAUCUAACACUACCGAACAUACUGAAGGUGUUCAAUCCGAACCUAAACGGUUACGUCGUUGCCGAUAGUCUCUCGAUCGACAGAGAGUCAAGGUUCGAUGUGGCGGAAAUUGGUGCCAUGAGUCAGGAUCUGCCCCAGCAGGCAAAAAAUCUUAUCAAACGUAUGCAAGCAGAUCGGUCGGUUGAUAUGAAGCAGCACUGGAAGCUGAUAACUAUACUCAUCGGACAUAAUGAUUUCUGUAGCCGAGUCUGCUACCUGCCAAAUCCGGAGAAAGCACUCUACCAACACGAGCAGAAUUUGCUGCAAACCUUAAGACUACUGCGCAAGUACCUGCCGAGAGCCAUGAUUAACAUUGUGGCAACUAUAAAUGUUAGCAUAUUGCGAACGUUUAACCCGAGACCACCAUCCUGCGCUACCACCCAUUCGUUCGAGUGUUCCUGUGUGUUCGGUGCCCAGUUUGCAUCCUUUCAACCGCGCCUAGAACGUAUCAUGCAGCAGUGGAACCGGAUACAGCAAGCCGUCACCGAGCGGGACGAGUUUAACGCUGCGUCCGAUUUCGUCGUUAACUAUCAACCGUUUCCGGAGCAUCUGACACUGCCUACACUUCAGAACGGCGAUACGGAUGCUGGCGUUGCUUCGGUCGACUGCUUCCAUUUUAGCCAACGGGGACAUGCGAUCGCGGCGAACAGCUACUGGAACAAUUUGAUCGAUCUGGUGGGCAAUAAGUCGGAGCUGUUGCAAAGGGAGUUUGAACGUUUCAAUUGUCCGAUGAAGGGAAGACCGUUUCUGGCGACGCGUAAGAACAGUUUAUUGGGGGUCUGAAAAAUAAAA